AUGGCUGAGGAGCAACGCAUUAGCCAGCUGACGUCCCGGAGAUCGUCGAUGAUCGCAGCUCUGGGUCGGGUGGAGGCAUUUCUUUCGGACUACGAUCAACAACGAGACGCUUCGCAGGUACCGGUGAGGCUCGAGUACCUGACUAACAUGUGGCAGAAUUUGGACCAAAUUCAAGGGGAACUAGAGGACAGUGAAACGACAGAAGAAGGUAAAGCUGUGCAUGAAACGGUACGCGCUAACUUUGAAUCGCGCCUCUUUGCAAUAAAAGCUUCGCUGGUAACCAAACUAUCUCCUCUUCCUGAUAACGCUGCACUCCCUCAAACCCCGCAUGCUUCUGCUCUAUCUGGUAUAAAACUGCCAACUAUUUCGCUUCCUGAGUUCGACGGGGAUUAUCAGCAAUGGCUGACUUUCCAUGAUACUUUUUUGGCUUUGAUUCACGAUAAUGUUGACGUUCCGCCUAUUCAGAAGUUUCACUAUUUAAGGGCAGCUGUCAAGGGGGAGGCUGCUCAGCUGAUCGAAUCUAUUCCGAUUAGUUCCGCUAACUACCAAUUGGCUUGGCGGACAUUAGAAAGCAGGUACUCAAACGACUAUUUGAUAAAAAAGCGACAUUUGCAAGCACUCUUCGAUAUUCCGCGCAUGCAGAAGGAUUCGGCCGCCGCUUUGCACACAUUGGUUGAUGAAUUUGAGCGGCAUACGAAGAUUUUGCAACAUCUUGGGGAGCCAACGGAUAAAUGGAGCAGCAUUCUCGAGCAUUUGCUUUGCACACGUUUACAUGGGGACACCUUAAGAGCUUGGGAGGAACACGCUUCCACUGUGGAGGACCCGAAUGUUACUUGCCUAGUAGAGUUUCUUCAGCGGCGAACGAGAGUGCUUGAAUCCAUUUCAGUAAAUAAUCAUCAGGGGCCAAACCAGUCCGCAUCGAACAACCAUUCGGCUGCCAACGGGUACAGAAGACAUUCCGAUUUUCGGCUCUUAUCCAAUGCAUCUACUGCUACUUCGUCGUACAAGUGUCUAGUUUGCGGUAAUUCCCAUUCUAUAACUAGAUGCGCUAAAUUUCUGCAACGUUCCGCUUAUGAACGCUUACAAUUUGUGACCAGUAAGCGACUGUGCAAUAAGUGUUUAAGGGGUGGUCAUUUUGCCCGCGACUGUACUGACGAAGACAAUUGCAGAAGGUGCAACCAGCGUCACCAUACUCUCUUGCAUUUGGAGCAAUCUCAUAACUACCGAACACCCAACAACGAUUUUGCAUGCCAUACUACAGUUUCUGCUUCGCCGGAUUCUCGGCCUACAUCAUGUAAUGUUGUAGAACAAGCGUCUGCUCAUGCUACCGAAAUUAUUUCAACUGUCGAAACCAGUGCUUCACUCCAUCAAACUACUGAAAACGUAUUCCUUCUGACCGCCGUCGUCAACCUCAUUGAUGCGUUUGGGCAUGCGCAUCCGGCACGCGCACUUUUGGACAGCGCGUCGCAACCGAAUUUAAUAACAGAACGAAUGGCACGAUCUCUCGGUUUGAAACGAAACCCCGUCAAUGUAACUGUUCAAGGAGCAGGGCAGUUAUCAAAAGUUAUUCAUGAGUCCCUGUUUGCUACAAUUGCUUCGCGAAGUGAAAACUUUUCGUGUGGCAUGAAUUUCCUUGUGAUGGAUAAAGUAACCGCCGAUCUCCCAGCACGAAACGUUUCAACGGUGGAAUGGAAGAUCCCGAAAGAUAUUUUCCUCGCUGACCCAUUCUUCAAUAAAAGCCAGCCGGUUGAUUUGGUCAUUGGAGUAAAACACUUUUACAGUCUUUUUCCAACGGCUGCGCGCAUACAGCUCCGUAGUGACUUACCGCUACUGGUGGACAGCGUCUUCGGGUGGAUUGUAGCGGGCUCGGCGGAUCCAAACUCGAAGGCUGAGAUGUCGCAGCCCGCAUCCGAUUCACGCCAUUUCAACAUCGUUUCAAUGAUGACUCUUGAGGAAAGCGUAGAGCGUUUUUGGAAAACGGAGGAGUUAACUACUAGCGACAAUUACUCCAUAGAAGAACGACAAUGCGAAACGUUGUACCAAAAUACAAUAACAAGAAACUCGGAAGGACGAUAUAUGGUUCGGCUACCGCGUAAAGCAGAUUUCGACAUAAUGUUGGGUGAGUCAAAAGCUAUGGCACGACGGCGAUUUGAUCUUCUCGAGCGACGUCUUCAACGCGAUUCAAAACUCAAGGCUGAAUACCACAAAUUUAUGACCGAAUACCUGGAACUCGGUCACAUGCGACUGGCUCAAUCGAAAGGUGAAAGUGAAUCACGCGCCUAUUAUCUUCCGCAUCAUCCUGUCAUCAAAGAUUCAAGUACAACGACGAAGAGCAGCCAGGAAAAUGAAAUCGCUAUCACAUGUACUGAAGAAGAAAUCCUUUGGCACCUAACACCACCGAAAGCGCCUCACUUCGGGGGCCUCUGGGAGGCGGCCAUAAAGGUUGCUAAGAAACACAUCUUCCGCCAGCUCGGACCGUCUCUUGUGAAAGUUGCUCCACCGGGAACCGAGAUGAAAACUGCGGGUGCAACCGGAGAAGGAAGCACCACCACGUACAACGCUCAUUUAAAUUUUGUGCAACUUCUACUCGCACACGGUGAAAGUUAA